AUGGCAGCAACGCAAAUCGGCUGGUACGGCCUCGGAUCAAUGGGCCUCGCCAUGGCCACCAACCUACAGCGGCACCUCUCAGCCAAAAAAUCGCUGAACCUCAUCUUCUCCAACCGGACGCUGUCGCGCGGCGAUUCCUUGCGCGAGCUGGGCGGUGUUCCGGAGACGAGUUUUGAGAAGGUUGUUGAUAAGUGUGGGAUUAUUUUUACUAUGGUCUCCAACGACGCGGUCCUCGACAACCUCGUCACUUCUAUUACUUCGUCAGGGCUAUCCCUCCGGUCGAAAAUCUUCGUCGACUGCUCGACUGUGCACCCUGACACGGUCGCGUCCGCUGUGUCAAAACUUCAAGCGCACGAAGCGUCCUUCCUCGCGGCGCCUGUCUUUGGCGGAAACCCCGUCGCGACGGCGGGAAAACUCGUGUUCGCGCUCGGAGGCGCCAACCAGGCGACGCGCGACGCUAUCAAGCCGCUCAUCCAGGACGUCAUGGGCAGGAAGGUGAUUGACUGCGGGGACGACGCGACCAAGUCUUCUCUGCUGAAGAUCGCGGGGAAUAUUGUGACUGUCAGCCUGAUGGAGACGGUGGGCGAGGCGCAGGUGUUUGCGGAGAAGACGGGUCUUGGGACGGGUCUGAUGGAGGAGUUGAUUGGUGAGGCGUUUGGGCAGAUUGCUGGUGGUUAUUCGAAGCGAUUUUGGUCUGGUUCUGACGGUGUUUCCAGCCUGACGUCAGGCGCCUACGCCCCUCCCCUCACCGAGCGCCCCGGCUUCGGCGUCUCGCUUGCCAUCAAGGACGCGAAUCACGCCCUCAGCAUGGCCAAGGAGCGCGGCGUCGAGUUGCCUGGUGUGCAGCUUGCGAGGGACAACAUGGUCGCUGCGCGCGAGUAUGCGGGUGAAUGUCUUGACAGUAGUGCCAUGUACGGGAUUUUGAGGCAGAAGGCGGGACUGGCGUUUUGGAAUGAGAAGAGUAGGCAGGGUGGGAAGUAA